UUCCCUGCCAAAUAAGAGGAAACGGUGUAACGAGGAUGAUGCCAAUGGAGACAAGUAAAACGGUGAGAAUUGCAGAUCAACUCAAAAACCAUACUUCAAUGCCGUACGGUUUGGAGCGCAGGCAGGAGACAGAGGAGGAAGAAGAUAGAGAUACUUUUUUUACGUUUUCAUAACGGUACUGAACAAGUUUCAGUGUUGAUAUGUUCCACGUAAAACUGAUAUCCUUGAGCGAGGCUUACAUCAAAAUAAAUUUAGAAGUUCAUAUAUUCACAGUGCAUCCAUAUACAUACUCACGUGAAAAAGUUGAGAUGUAAGCUUAAACUAGAAAAAAUCAUAGGAAAAUAACAGAUUUCAGAUGCGUGUGCACGACUACAAGAUAAAAAAAAAUUCGUGAGUUUUUGCUACGUAGUGCAAAUGCAUAUGAAACUUGUUAUGGUUGCCGGUCUGCCGCUCUAGCCUCCGUCAACUGCAUACCGCGUCGGGAAGCGAGCAGCAGGGGAAAUGUGGUCAACACUUGUGGGGCCACAUCGCAAUCACUGGGUACAUCAUUCAGAGAUGAUGAACGACUACAACAACUAUGCAUUUCUGAAAGAAAAAAAAAAGCAAACGCUACCGGCCGGAAUCGGAAGUACACGUGCACAGCAUAGGCGCACUGCGAGGCCGCACCGCACUGCAGGGAACCAAUCCCCAUGGCCGCCGCACCCUGCACGCUCAACAUGGCCUCCGUCCUUGCGCUGCUGCUUGUCUUCUCCGUGCACUGGACGGGGCGCAGCCACGCCUUCAGCCUCAUGAACUACCUGUGCAACAACGGCAGCUCCUACGCCCUCAACUCCACCUACCGCUCCAACGUGGUGGCGCUCCUCGGGUCCCUGUCCGCCAACGCGUCCAGCUCCGCCGUAGGCUUCGCCACCGGCACGCUCGGCCGCGGCCCAGACCAGACGUGGGGGCUCGCGCUCUGCCGCGGCGACGUCAACGGCAGCGCCUGCGCGUCCUGCCUCGCGCUGGCGCCGGACGUGGCCUUCGGCAAGUGCAGGGGCGUCAAGGACGCGUCCAUCUACUACGACCGCUGCCUUCUCCGGUACUCGGACACGGACUUCCUGGCCACCCCGGACGACGCCGCGGCGUCGGUGCAGUACGGCGCCAACCUGCAGGUGAACGUCACCGCCGAUCCCGGACGGUUCGCGGGGCUCGCGGCCGACCUCGUGGGCGCGCUGUCCGCCUGGGCGGCGUGGAACUCGACGGCGAGAUACGCCGCCGGGGUGGUCACCUCCGCCCAAGGGUUCACGACGACGGACCACUCUCUGGUGCACGACAUCUACGGGCUGGUGCAGUGCACGCCCAACCAGGCGCCCGAGGCGUGCCUGGCGUGCCUCGGCAGGCUCAGGGACGAGAUUCCGGACGUGUUCAACGGCUCCACCGGCGGCCAGUUCAACGCGGUGUGGUGCAACCUGAGGUUCGAGGUGUUCCUUUUCUAUGACAGCAGCCCGGUAGUGAAGCUUGUCGCGCCUCCGGUGACGCCGGCUCCGCCGGGUGCAGCAGUCCACGGCGACGCAAACAGGACAAGGGGAGCAGGACAUGCAGCAACAGUAGUGGCCAUUGUUUUCGGGGUCCUAGUUAUCUUCCUACUCUCCACCUUCACCAUCUACCUCUGGAGAAAAGCACAAGUAAAACGAUAUGCCGAGGAAGCUGACGAUUCCGGGUCUCUGAUCUUCGAGUUGGCAACACUGAGAAGGGCAACCGGAGAUUUCGCCGAAGAGAACAAGCUCGGACAUGGAGGCUUCGGCGCGGUAUACAAGGGUUUCUUGGCUGAUGGCCGGCGAAUCGCCGUGAAGAGGCUGGACAAGGCUUCGGGGCAAGGCCUGAAAGAGCUGAGGAACGAGCUGCUGCUGGUCGCCAAGCUCCGGCACAACAACCUGGCAAAGCUUCUGGGCGUUUGCGUGAAGGGACAGGAGAAGCUGCUUGUCUACGAGUACAUGCCGAAUCGGAGCCUGGACACCUACCUCUUCGCAGCUGAUGAGAAGCGUGCAUCGCUAGACUGGGAGGCAAGGUACCGCAUCCUCUACGGGACAGCGCGGGGCCUGCUGUACCUCCACGAGGACUCGCAGGUCAGGAUCGUGCACCGCGACCUCAAGGCCAGCAACAUCCUGCUCGACGCCGACAUGAGCCCCAAGAUCUCCGACUUCGGGCUGGCGAGGCUCUUCAGCGCCGACAACACCACCACCGUCACGAGCCAAGUUGUCGGAACGCUAGGAUACAUGGCGCCGGAGUACGCGGUUCUGGGGCACCUGUCGGUGAAGCUUGACGUUUACAGCUUCGGAGUCCUGAUCCUGGAGGUCGUAACUGGACGGAGGAACACCGACAUGUUCGAGUCGGCAGCCGGAGAGUCCAUCAUCCUGCUGAGCUACGUGUGGGACCACUGGGUCAGGGGCACCGCGCUGGAGGCCGUCGACCCGUCCCUGGCCUGCCACUGCCAGGCACCGGAGGCGGAGGCGGAGGUGGUCAAGUGCAUCCAUCUGGGGCUGCUCUGCGUGCAGGAGAACCCGGCGGACCGCCCCAACAUGCUCGACGUCCUCGUCAUGCUCCACGGCCACUCGUCAGGCUUCGCGGCACCGUCCAAGCCGGCUUUCGCCUUUGCCUACGGGGAGACCACGAGUUCUGACGAGCGGGGUAUCCUGUCAGUGUCUCGUGCUGCUGCUGCCUUCUCUCUGAACGGGAUGUCCGCGUCCGAGUUCCAGCCAAGAUAGAAUGGAAGAAUUAAUUACAAUCACGGAAGACACGGUACAAAUAUAGAUACGGUUCGUGGCUCGUGGCCAUUUGUAAUGGAAGUUUACGUCACCAAAUUAGCGGAAAAAAUUUUUGGUGCAGCCCGCUGCAAAACAGAAUGUUUACAGUCCCUCACAAAAAGGAAGAUUGACUCCACCUGCAGGUCCACUAGAUAAUAUUUUAGUUGUGUUAUUGCUGCUGCAGGUGAGGUCAAUUCUUUUUUGUGUGAGAGGCAGUAAACAUCCUGGUUUGCAGUCGGCUGCACCAAUUUUUUUUUCCAAAUUAUCACCACUAUUUUUCCCCAUCGGGAUAAAGUUGGGAAGUUGUGCUGUUGUUCACGGUUCACUAGGGUAUGUUUGGGACAGUGAAUGGCUUAUGAAAGUUAUUAAUAGAACCUUUUAUG